UGCAAAUGUUGCGAUUUUGUAACCCGAAGAAACAAUUCAACCACAAUAACUUACUGGAUAUCUCUCUUACAAUAUCUGGCUCGGCACACACAUGCAGUUUGAUGAGACACCCAGUUCUCAGAGUGUGGAAAGUUUGAAAGUUUUCACAUUCAAAGAUGAGGAGGAAACAGAAGGCGAAGUUGAAGUCAAGAUUCCAGAGGUGGUUGAUCCUGCCUAUGGGAUGUACGUGUGGCCCUCUGCACCUGUCUUAGCUCAGUAUAUUUGGAAAAAGCGAAAGUGGAUUUUUGGCAAGAGAGUCCUCGAGCUUGGAGCUGGCACAGCUCUACCAGGCAUCUUAGCAGCAAUAUGUGGAGCAGUGGUCACUCUCUCUGACCAUUCAAGAUACCCUCGCUGUCUUGAGAACUGUCUUAAGUCAUGCCAGGCCAACGACCUGAGGGACUCGGUAGAUAUAGUAGGCCUCUCCUGGGGGGAGUUUCCACCUGGUAUUUUCCAACUUCCAACAUUUGAUGUCAUUCUGGCUUCGGACUGUUUUUAUGAUACCAAAGAUUUUGAGAAUGUUCUUGCCACAAUUGUUUUCUUUCUGGAGAAAGGAACAACUACAAGGUGUUGGAUAAGCUACCAAGAAAGAAGCUCCGAUCGUAGCCUCGAUCAGUUGCUGAUCCGAUGGGGUCUACAUUGCCUUCACAUUCCCCUGGGUGUAUUUGGGGCUGAUGGUCCUAGCGUCGCUGGUUCGAAUCUACCCGGUCACCACUCCAUACAACUAUUAGAGCUCACCCAAUUAUAGACUAUUCGGAAAGGUGGUUCGAAGUGCUUAUACGUGUGACCCCUCACUGAGGUGUGUGAUUUGUCCUGCGGAAGGAGUUAUAUUAUACAACUAUUAGAGAUCACCAAGUUAUAGACUAUUCAUCCUUGUGCUGCGAGGUGGUGCGAGUUGCAUAUAGGUUUGACUCCUGACAGAGUUGUGUGAUUUGCCAUGGGGAGGAUUUAUUGGACUUCGUCUAUAGUAAGAUGGCUAUGGGUUUGAAUCUAACCUGGUCAUCACACCAUUCAACUAUUAGAGAUCACCAAGUUAUAGACUAUUCGGAAAGGUGGUGGUGUUCCUCAUACGUGUGACCACCUCAUAGGAUAGGUGUGUGAUUUGUCCUAGGGGAGGAUUUAUUGGACUCCCUUCAUAUUUGGAUGGUAAUGGGUUCGAAUCUAACAAAGUCAUCACACCAUACAACUUUGUUCAGAGAUCACCAAGUUAGACGAUUCAUCCUUGUGCUGCGAGGUGAUGCCAGUUGCUUUUAGGUGUGACCUUCACUGAGGUGUGUGAUUUGUCCUAGGGAUGAUAUUGGAUUCCACAGUUGGAUGGUUACAGGUUCAAAUCUAACCAAGUCCUCACACCAUACAACUAUUAGAGAUCACUAAGUUAUAGACGAGUCAGCGAGGUGUUAUGAGUUGCUUUUAGGUGUGACCCCUCACUGAGGUGUGUGAUUUGUCCUUGGGAAUGGUAUUGGAUUCCACAGUUGGAUGGUUAUGGGUUCAAAUCCCAGCAUUGUGAUCAAUCGUGAGGCUUGUUGUUCGUGGAUACUCGUAUGUUUGGAAUCGACGUGAAUGAACAGAGCCGCUUGUUACUGAAGAGUACACAGGAUUGAUCCUUUAUGGUUCAUAGUUAGCAAUAGUUACAAUAUAUUGGCCUUAAGGUAUCCUUGGUUCCAAUGGCAGAAAUAUAUCAACAUAAAUUGUGAAAAAUCAGUAAAAUUUUCGGGCUGGACUGAGGUGCUUUUAUGCCGGGUAACUCCAUUGAAUGUUUCACAUGGUUUAAUAUUUGUUUUAUUACGCCGUCUAUUUAGACGUGUCUGUUUACGCAUUGCACAUUGCAGCUAACUUCCUUUGUGACAAGCUGUAUCCAUUAGGGUCUACUUGAUGUAAUUUAUUUUCUGCAAUUCUAGGAAGAUCAGCAGACCUUUUAGAUCGAUGUUUUGUAAACAUUUUAAUAUUUUCAUUACAUGUGUUCAUGACUCUGUAAGUUCAGGGUUAAUUUGUUUACCAUUGGGCACGCAAGCGCUUCAAUUGUAUGCAAUUAAGAACUUAUGUCACGUGUUCAAGAUGUUAUAAGCAUCAGUGUACUUCUGAAUUUAUUUCACUAAGAACGAUAAAGAAAACAUACACACGAGUAAACUAAGUUGCUCUAAAGUUAAUCUACUGAUGCCACAAUUUGAGAAACAGACACUAUAAAAGGACAUUAUGGACUUUAAUAAAACAUGGCUUGCAGUAUAAUCAAUAUGAGAUCUACAAGUAAUUAAAACUAUAAAUCCCUCGUUGUGGAAAAAUGAAGGAAAAAAAUACAUUUUUCGAGGAGUAUUCUUUAUCCGUGGUUCUGGUAAUUCUUGCUACACAAAGUGACAAUUGUGCGAAUGUGAAGACGACCUGGACUUCUUUAAUGUUUUCCCCUUGGUUUUAAAGGAUAAGUCCGGUUGAGCCAAGUGGCCUGACUAUAGGUAUAAGCUGACGAAAAUAGCACACACUUAGCCUAUUAAUGGAGCUAUUACAUUUCCAACAGAUCUGUAUUGUUCAAAUUUUACAUCUCAACACUCUCAUCAAGUAUUGCACUGGUUAAGGUUACAUGGCUCGGUUGUGUCUUGGCCGAAUGCUUCUUGAGUGGUUGAAUCUGAUAUAUCCAAAAACAAGUCUUGGCCGUGGAACCGAUGCAGUCGUGGGUAUAAGAUUUGGGUUUAUAUCUGCACAACGGCUGUUUUAUAUUAUCAUUCUGUGUCUUCAAAAAAGAAGUGAAAAAUACACCUAAAGACAUACUUACAGUCAGAGUAAAAAGAUAUUACCGAUCAAGUCCAGGCCUUAGGAGUAACUUGUUCCAUAUAAUUAGAAUAAUUAAAAGAUUGCUUAAAACAUUUCAUGUUAGGCUGAGGGAGAAGAUGGAGCUUAUUGUAUUUCAUGCGUUGAUAUUCAUCCUAUUGGAUACGGUGGCUACUGAUAUAGGCAUAUUUCGGUUUUUGUUAGGGCGUUUUUACCUCACGCUUUCGGAUUUUGUUUUCUUCAAACAUCAGGCAUGAUAUGCUUCCUGUAGUCUGUUCCUUAUGUUUGCCUUUGGAAAAGAUUAAUAAGGCCUCCCUGAAAAUCUAUACAUUUUGUAUACUUUUAAUAUGAGUUUUUGAUUUGGUUACCUGUCUAUGUACUGGUAUUCUCAUGAGUUUGGGAUAACAAUAAUAAAAGAGUACUUAUAUAGCUCCUUAUGCCAGGCCCUAAGCAUAUACAAUAUGUAAAAAAAAAAUAUAUAUAUAUAAAAAGGCAGUCUAAAAACCACAAAAAGGGUAUAACAUUUAAAUUAAACAAAACCACUAGGAGUAAACCAUGAUUAAAUGUAAUUUG